GUGCAAAUUGAGUCGAUCAAGCCUGGUUGCUAUAACACGUUAGUGAUGUUGAACUUAGAUGGAAAUCCGUACGAGAAGGAAGGUUCUGUUGCGCAGUGGUUGAUCGCUAACAUUCCUGAUGGUAAAGGUAUUGAGGAUGGACAAGAGAUUGUGAAGUACGUGCAGCCACUCCCAUUUUGCGGAACUGGCUACCAUCGAGUAGCUUUCCUACUUUUCCGCCACAGUCAGAAAAUCACCUCAUUUCCUCAAUUGAAUAGGUGA